GUGACUUUCAUCAUCAAAGCGAUUGCGUGCUGUUUGUUUCAGACUAGAGCAUGACAGAAGAGAGUAGACCUGCCUCUAGUAUGGAUAACGAAACUAGAUGGACAAUCGAUACAAAGGACUCUGACGACUAUUACGAGCCAUAUGGUGACGUUUUGUCCAGCGAUUAUUUCCAUGGCAUUGUUUGGAUGUUACUUUCGAUUGGAAUUAUUGGCAACAUAUUGGUUGUGGUGUGGAGACUUGCACAGAAAAGAGGUCAGAGAUCGUCUCCUCUCUCAAUCCUCAUCAUCAUGCUAGCAGUUUCAGAUUUCUUGUAUUGUGUUCACUUGCUUCUUCUGGAGAGUUUGGUGCUUAAUGUUAAUCUAAACCAAACAAAACAUCUGUCACCCAUCUCUGCUCGUAACAUGUGCAUGAUAAGUGCUUGGCUGUCUUUGUUCUGUUGUCUCACAGCUCAGUGGGCAACUUUUAAUAUUGCAGUUUACUCGUUUCAAGCAAUGAGCGAGUUCUGUUCUCGUUGUUGCUGUUCACUAGUUCACAAGAGAAAUCUGGUUAUCACAAUCAUCUGCCAAGUUUUGAUCAACGUGGUGAUAAUUGUUAUUUACACGAUUGUAUACGACAAAUACGCCAAUUAUUCUGACCUUAAUGAUUUGUUUGAUUUACAACUACAUGAUUACGACAAAAAUACAGACAAUGACUUCUUCCCCACUGGGGUAGAAGUUCUUAUACACUCAAGACUUGAACGAAUUGGCCAAAUUUUUGGACGUUGUGCUUGGGCACAGUCAAACGGAUUUGGUAAUUGUUUGGCCAAUACAGUUGACAAUCAUACAACAAUCAUCAAUGAUAGUAAUUGUCAAUUCCUGUUUGGUUACGGUUUCUUAGAAGCAACACUGAUGGGAUCAACAUAG